GAUCGAUAACUCUACGAAUCCUUCCUUCCCCUCGAAGUAAACAAGAAUCAACAAACAUAGAAUUCAUUAAAAAGAUUCACGUUUUAGAAUAUCUUUAAUUUGGGGUUUUAAAAAAUAUGGAGGACGGCAGUGUGUAUGGGAGCAGUGAUGAUGAAUUUUACAAUGAUGAAGAAUCGCUUGAUGGGUUUACACAAGUUGAAGUAGAGAGUGAUGGAGUCUGUCAAAAUCCUCCUUCAUGCAAGGUAAUCAGGAAAGAGUCCCUUUUAGCUGCACAGAAAGAAGACUUGCAAAGAGUGAUGGACUUGCUAUCUCUGAAGGAGCAUCAUGCACGAAGCUUGCUUAUUCAUUAUCGAUGGGAUGCUGACAAGGUCUUUGCGGUUCUUGUUGAGAGAGGGAGAGAUAAGUUAUAUGCUGAAGCGGGUGUGACACUGGAAGGAAAAGAUGAUCAUUGUUCCACUCUGUCGACAACUGAAAUGACAUGUCAAAUUUGCUUCGAAGAUGCCCCUGCUGAGAAGACUGCUGCAAUGGACUGCAACCAUAGAUUUUGCAAUGAUUGUUGGACAACUCAUUUCAUUGUAAAGAUAAAUGAGGGUAAGAGUAAACGAAUAACAUGCAUGGCCCAAAAGUGCAAUGCAAUCUGUGAUGAAGGAAAGAUUAGGGAUCUCGUUACUGCAAAAGAUCCUACUUUGGCCGAGAAAUUUGAUCGUUUUCUGCUAGAGUCAUAUAUUGAUGAUAACAAGAGGGUUAAAUGGUGCCCAAGUGUUCCUCAUUGUGGAAAUGCAAUUCGUAUUGAGGAUGAUGAAUACUGCGAGGUUGAAUGUGCUUGUGGCGUACAGUUUUGUUUUAAUUGUUUAUCUGAAGUGCACUCACCUUGUUCAUGUCUGAUGUGGGAACUUUGGAUGAGGAAGUGCAAGGAGGAUUCAAAGACGGUAAUUUGGAUAACUGAAAAUGCCAAACAUUGCCCAAAAUGUCAUAAUCUUGUGGAGAAGAAUGGGGGAUGCAACCUUGUAAGAUGUAUAUGUGGACAGCCAUUUUGUUGGUUGUGUGGUGGAGCUACUGGUUUAGAACACACAUGGACUAGCAUUCGAGGUCACACUUGUGGCAGUUACAAAGAAGGGCAAGAGCAAAAGACGACCGUCAACAAUCUCUUACGCUUUACUCACUAUUAUGAGCGCUAUGUGGCUCAUUUUGAUUCAUUGAAGGUUGAAGCAGACAUGAAACAAAAGCUACAUGUAAAAGUCUUGAAACUUGAAUCGACAGAAUUGCAAUCAAAGGACUUCAGCUGGGCAGAAAAUGGAUUUAAUAGACUCCUUCAAUCAAGACGGGUCCUCUCCUGUUCCUAUCCAGUUGCAUUUUACAUAUUUGGUAAGGCGCUGUUUGAGAACGAAAUGACACCAAAAGAAAAAGAAAUAAAGCAGAACCUUUUUGAGAACCUGCAGCAGCAACUUGAAAUAAAUGUUGAAAGACUUUCAAUGUUCUUGGAAGAGCCAUUUGCUGACUAUCCUGAAGAUAAGCUUUUGGAGACUAGAAUGAAGAUCAUCACUCUCUCUGCAGUAACUGACAACCUCUGCAAAAAGUUGUAUGAUUGCAUUGACAACGAUUUGCUGGUUCCUCUACAGCAGGCAACUCACACCAUAGCUCAUUAUAGAUCCAACGGAGUGGAUAAAGCAUCAGAACUUCCUAAUUGACAUUCUACCAACAAUUGUAAAUUAUAUCAUAGUGAGCACUCUCAACUAAAGGCAGGAAAAUAACGCGGGUUGCUUUCCUCAUAAGCGGAUCUAAAAUUUUAUGCUAGAAGGUUCAAAGUAAAACUGCAUCCACUAUUCUUUUGUGACGUUUGGUAUGAAUUUUCGUCAGAAAAUAUCUUAUGUACUUUUAGCAAAUUCUUAACUGUACAUAGUUCGAGUUGAAGACUGUGUGCACAUGCACCCCUGCCAGCAGGUAGAUCCGCCUUUGGCCUUCA